CAAAUCACAUUCUAAGAUUCUAAGAGAGAGAAAGAGUAGCGGAGGAUCGAUGACUAGGGUUUUUGGUGGUUGCAGGACUCUCGCGGCAGCGGCGGCCAGGGCGGCGGUGGCGGCCAGGGCGGGGACGAAGGCCUCCGCGGCCGCUCCCGCGGUGAUAUCGUCACCGUCGUCGACGGCGGCGAAACCGAAGCACAGCGGCAUCCUGAAGCCGAUCCCCGUCUCCCUGGCUAUGAGGAAAUUCCUUGGCGUCCCGGAGAUCUCGCGUAGCCAGGCCGUCAAGAAGAUCUGGGAGUACAUCAAGGGCCACCAGCUUCAGAACCCAGCAAAUAAAAAGGAGAUUUGCUGUGAUGAGAAGCUGAAGACUCUUUUUGAAGAUAGAGACAAGGUUGGGAUGCUGGAAAUUGCAAAACUGAUUUCUCCUCAUUUCCUCAAAUCUAAAUAAACCACCAAAAGACAGCAACUGCUGUUCCUGUGUUUCUUUGUGAUCUAUGUUCAAUUCAGUCCAAGUGGUUAACAUGACAUCCUAGGAUUCAGGAUCUCUAUCUACUGUGAUCAGCACAAAUUUCUGUACAAAAUGUGCUUUGUAUAAAUCUGUUUAAAUGGGGCUGUCUAUUAUCUUCCUGUAAAAAAAACAUGAAACAUCUUCCUUUUUAUAUGAUCAUUAGCCUUGUAAAAAUGCAGUUUUAGGAACAUCCUUCCCACUA